AUGGUGCCCAGGGAGCCCUGGGCAGCGCGCGGUGAGGGUGUCCGGCAGGCUGUGUUCAGGUGCUUUGUGGAGGUUGGCCAGGUGGCCUACAUCUCCUUUGGCCCUCAUGCCGGAAAGCUGGUUGCAAUCGUAGAUGUUAUUGAUCAGAACCGGGCUUUGGUUGAUGGACCUUGCACUCGGGUGAGGAGACAGGCCAUGCCUUUCAAUCGCAUGCAGCUCACUGACUUCAUCCUCAAGUUCCCACAUAGUGCACACCAGAAGUACGUGCGCAAAGCCUGGCAGGAGGCAGGUAUCAACACAAAGUGGGCGGCCACAAGAUGGGCCAAGAAGAUUGAAGCCAGAGAAAGGAAAGCCAAGAUGACAGAUUUUGAUCGUUUUAAAGUCAUGAAGGCAAAGAAAAUGAGGAACAGAAAAAUCAAGAAUGAAGUUAAACUUCAAAAGGCAGCUAUCCUGGGAACCAGGAAUGCCACUGCAGCAGCUGCUGCUGCUGCCGCCAAAGUGCCAGCGAAGAAGGUAACAGUCGCAGGGAAGAAGGCCCCAGCCCAGAAGGCUCCUGCUCAGAAAGCUGCAGGCCAGAAGGCCGCGCCACUUCCCAAAGUGCAGAAGGGUCAGAAAGCUGCAGCCCAGAAAGCACCUGCACUGAAAGCGUCGGGCAAGAAAUCCGACACCCUGGCCAGGCCCAUGUUGACUUCAGGAAGCCUGUUUUUCAGGGAUCUCGCCCAGCUUUUGUCCAACAUUAGUUCUCAGGCCUGCAGCGGUGUUUCAUUUACAGGUGGAGAGGUGAAGAUCUGCCCUGAUGUCUCUACCCAAGGACAACCAACUCCCUGGUGA